AUGCGUGAGAUUGUUCACCUCCAGACCGGCCAGUGCGGUAACCAAAUUGGUGCUGCUUUCUGGCAAACCAUCUCUGGCGAGCACGGCCUCGAUGGCUCCGGCGUUUACAAUGGCUCCUCUGACCUCCAGUUGGAGCGUAUGAACGUCUACUUUAACGAGGCUAGUGGCAACAAGUACGUUCCUCGUGCCGUCCUCGUCGACUUGGAGCCCGGUACCAUGGACGCUGUGCGCGCCGGUCCAUUCGGUCAGCUUUUCCGUCCCGACAACUUCGUCUUCGGCCAGUCUGGCGCUGGUAACAACUGGGCCAAGGGUCACUACACUGAGGGUGCCGAGCUCGUCGACCAGGUCAUCGAUGUUGUCCGUCGUGAGGCCGAAACCUGUGACUGCCUCCAGGGUUUCCAGAUCACCCACUCCCUCGGUGGUGGUACCGGUGCCGGUAUGGGUACCCUUUUGAUCUCCAAGAUCCGUGAGGAAUUUCCCGAUCGCAUGAUGGCCACCUUCUCGGUUGUUCCUUCUCCCAAGGUCUCUGACACCGUCGUUGAGCCUUACAACGCUACUCUUUCCGUUCACCAGCUCGUUGAGCACUCCGAUGAGACUUUCUGCAUUGACAAUGAGGCUCUUUACGACAUCUGCAUGCGCACAUUGAAGUUGUCCCAACCAUCGUACGGUGACUUGAACCACCUCGUCUCCGCCGUCAUGUCUGGUGUCACUACCUCGCUGCGUUUCCCUGGUCAGCUUAACUCUGAUCUGCGCAAGUUGGCCGUUAACAUGGUUCCUUUCCCUCGUCUGCACUUCUUCAUGGUCGGCUUCGCUCCUUUGACCAGCCGUGGUGCUCACUCUUUCCGUGCCGUCACCGUUCCUGAAUUGACCCAGCAGAUGUACGACCCUAAGAACAUGAUGGCCGCUUCUGACUUCCGCAAUGGUCGUUACCUCACAUGCUCUGCUCUUUUCCGUGGUAAGGUCUCCAUGAAGGAAGUCGAGGACCAGAUGCGCAAUGUCCAGAACAAGAAUAGCAGCUACUUCGUUGAGUGGAUCCCCAACAACGUCCAGACUGCUCUCUGCUCCAUUCCCCCUCGUGGUCUUAAGAUGUCCGCCACCUUUGUCGGAAACUCCACCGCUAUCCAGGAGCUGUUCAAGCGUGUCGGUGACCAAUUCACUGCCAUGUUCCGUCGCAAGGCUUUCUUGCAUUGGUACACUGGUGAGGGUAUGGACGAGAUGGAGUUCACUGAGGCUGAGAGCAACAUGAACGACUUGGUUUCUGAGUACCAGCAGUACCAGGAUGCCUCCAUUUCUGAAGGCGAGGAGGAAUAG